UCACCACCUCCUCCUCCUCUUCCACUACCACCAUCACCACCUCCUCCUCUUCCUCCUCCACUACCACCAUCACCACCUCCUCCUCUUCCUCCUCCACCACCACCAUCACCACCGCCUCCUCCUCCUCCACUACCACCAUCACCACCUCCUCCCCCACCACCACCUCCUCCUCCUCCACUACCACCAUCACCACCUCCUCUUCCUCCUCCUCCACUACCACCAUCACCACCACCUCCUCCUCCUCCACUACCACCAUCACCACCUCCUCCUCCUCCUCCACUACCACCAUCACCACCACCUCCUCCUCCUCUACCACCAUCACCACCACCUCCUCCUCCUCCACUACCACCAUCACCACCUCCUCUUCCUCCUCCUCCACUACCACCAUCACCACCUCCUCCUCCUCCUCUACUACCACCAUCAACACCUCCUCCUCCUCCUCCACUACCACCAUCACCAUCUCCUCUUCCUCCUCCUCCACUACCACCAUCACCACCACCUCCUCCUCCUCCACUACCACCAUCACCACCUCCUCUUCCUCCUCCUCCACUACCACCAUCACCACCACCUCCUCCUCCUCCACUACCACCAUCACCACCUCCUCCUCCUCCUCCACUACCACCAUCACCACCACCUCCUCCUCCUCUACCACCAUCAACACCACCUCCUCCUCCUCCACUACCACCAUCAUCACCACCACCUCCUCCUCCUCCACUACCACCAUCACCACCUCCUCCUCCUCCUCCACUACCACCAUCACCACCACCUCCUCCUCCUCUACCACCAUCAACACCACCUCCUCCUCCUCCACUACCACCAUCAUCACCACCACCUCCUCCUCCUCCACUACCACCAUUACCACCACCUCCUCCUCCUCUACCACCAUCACCACCUCCUUCUCUUCCUUCCCCUCUACCACCAUCACCACCUCCUCCUCUUCCUCCUCCACUACCACCAUCACCACCUCCUCCUCCUCCUCCACUACCACCAUCACCACCUCCUCCUCUUCCUCCUCCUCUACCACCAUCACCACCACCUCCUCCUCCUCCUCCACUACUACCAUCCCCACCACCUCCUCCUCCUCCACUACGACCAUCACCACCUCCUCCUCUUCCUCCUCCACUACCACCAUCACCACUGCCUCCUCCUCCUCCUCCACCUCCUCCUCCUCCACUUCCACCAUCACAACCACCUCCUCCUCCUCCACUACCACCAUCACCACCUCCUCUUCCUCCUCCUCCACUACCACCAUCACCACCACCUCCUCCUCCUCCACUACCACCAUCACCACCUCCUCCUCCUCCUCCACUACCACCAUCACCACCUACUCCUCCUCCUCCUCCACUACCACCAUCACCACAUCCUCCUCUUCCUCCUCCAAUACCACCAUCACCACCUCCUCCACUUCCUCCUCCACUACCACCAUCACCACCACCUCCUCCUCCUCCACUACCACCAUCACCACCACCUCCUCCUCCUCUACCACCAUCACCACCACCUCCUCCUCCUCCACUACCACCAUCACCACCACCGCCUCCUCCACUAACACCAUCACCACCACCUCCUCCUCCUCCACUACCACCAUCACCACCACCUCCUCCUCCUCUACCACCAUCACCA